UGUCCCGCGUUCCGUUCCCAUCGACCGUCGUGGCGUGGACGUCAAUUCCCAUUCGCUCGUUCGCGAUAUCUCCGCCUGCACUCCGGCCGCGCACCCCUCAAAAAGCUAUAGCCUUUUUGGUUGGUUUCAACUUUCAAGCGUUGAGUUUAACCACGGCCCGCGCGUCUGGCUAAGGCACCACUAGUCCCACUUCCCCCAUCCGCCGUUGAUUUCGAGCUCCAGCACGCGCGCUCUCUCCCUCGCUCCCGAUGGCGGCCUCUGGAAACGGCGCCGCCCCGGCCCUUGUGCUUCUUCUUCUACUCGCCGUCGGCCGCUGCGGCGCGGCGCCGCAGGCCGCGCUGGUGACGCGCGUGCCGGGCUUCGACGGCGCGCUCCCGUCCAAGCACUACGCCGGGUACGUGACGGUGGACGAGCAGCACGGGAGGAGGCUGUUCUACUACAUGGUGGAGUCGGAGCGGGACCCGGCCAAGGACCCCGUCGUGCUCUGGCUCAACGGCGGGCCGGGCUGCUCCAGCUUCGACGGCUUCGUCUACGAGCACGGACCAUUUAAUUUUGAGUCAGGCGGGUCAGUUAAAAGCCUGCCAAAACUUCAUCUCAACCCUUAUAGCUGGUCCAAGGUAUCUACUAUGAUAUACUUGGACUCCCCUGCUGGUGUCGGGCUGUCAUACUCAAAGAAUGUUUCGGAUUAUAACACUGGCGACCUGAAAACUGCUGCGGAUUCACACACUUUUCUUCUGAAGUGGUUUGGAAUGUACCCUGAGUUCUUGAGCAACCCAUUCUACAUAUCUGGGGAGUCAUAUGCAGGGGUUUAUGUUCCUACUCUUUCACAUGAAGUUGUCAAAGGAAUACAAGGAGGAGCUAAGCCAACUAUAAAUUUCAAGGGCUACAUGGUUGGCAAUGGUGUCUGUGACACUGUUUUUGAUGGUAAUGCGCUUGUGCCAUUUGCUCAUGGAAUGGGUCUAGUAUCAGAUGAUAUAUACCAGGAAGCUAAUAUGGCAUGCCAAGGAAAUUUCUGGAAUGCCACUGGCAAUAAGUGCAAUACUGCUUUAUCGAAAAUUGAUGGGUUAAUCGGCGAACUAAAUAUUUAUGACAUUCUUGAGCCAUGCUACCACAGCAAAACUAUCAAAGAAGUGAUCCCAAGCAGAUUGCCUAAAAGUUUCAAAGAUCUUGGUGCGACUAACAAGACCUUUCCGGUAAGAACGAGAAUGCUAGGGCGUGCUUGGCCUUUGAGAGCUCCUGUGAGAGACGGGCGUGUUCCAUCCUGGCUUGAAUAUGCCAGUGGAGUUCCAUGUAUGAGUGAUGAAGUUGCCACAGCAUGGCUGGAUAACGACAGCGUCAGAUCUGCGAUUCAUGCCGAACCAGUAAGUUCAAUUGGCCCAUGGCUCUUAUGCACAGAUGCAAUAAACUUUAAUCAUGAUGCUGGGAGUAUGAUCAGUUACCACAAGAACCUUACAAGACAGGGUUAUCGUGCUUUCAUAUUCAGCGGUGACCAUGAUAUGUGUGUGCCUUUCACCGGGAGUGAAGCAUGGACUAAAUCUAUCGGCUAUGGAGUUGUUGAUUCAUGGCGGCCAUGGUUCUUGAACGGACAAGUUUCUGGGUACACCCAAGGAUAUGAACAUGGUCUCACUUUUGCUACUAUUAAGGGUGCUGGGCACACCGUUCCUGAAUAUAAGCCACAGGAAGCAUUGGCUUUCUACAGCCGUUGGUUGGCUGGCUCUAAAUUGUGAAGCUUUUGAACCCAACUGCCAAUAAUGGGGAAUAUACUUCUGCUGCGUACAGUCAGGAAAGGAUUGAUGAUACGAGGAAAAACAUACCCUACACGCCAAAGUAGACAGCCAUAUAUUCAAAUUUCAAAAUAGCUAAUGUGAACUGCAUGCUGCAUUCUUUCAUGCAAAUAAUACUCCAGGUCAAUGCAACUUGACUCUGUUUAGAUGCCUUUUCACUAUACGAACAGGACUAUUGAUUUUAGUUAAACAUUUCGCAUCCUGAAAUUGUACACUAUGCAAUAGCAGCAAUACCAUAUUUUGAAACGACCGGAUACAAAAGAAAGGUCAAUGAAAAUUCCGAAGUUGGCAAUGAGUGCUAA